GGCGCCUCGUUGCUCUGCAUCUCAGAGGCACCACUAAGAAGCGCUGUCGCUCUAGACCCGCCCCGUGCGAGCCGCGCCGCCAGCGACGUCAUCGCAGCCGCAGACAGCCCGGCGCCGCCAUGAUGGGGGUCCUCGCCGAGGGCGCGUAGGUGUCUUCAUAAGAUGCCGGCCCCGCGGCGCGCGGCUCCCCCCCAAGAUGGCGUCCAUGCGAGAGAGCGACACUGGUCUGUGGCUGCACAACAAACUAGGGGCCACAGACGAAUUGUGGGCUCCUCCCAGCAUCGCUUCCCUGCUCACGGCCGCGGUCAUCGACAACAUCCGCCUCUGUUUUCACGGCCUCUCGUCGGCCGUGAAGCUCAAGCUGCUGCUCGGGACGCUGCACCUCCCGCGCCGCACGGUGGACGAGAUGAAGAGUGCGCUGAUGGAGAUCAUCCAGCUCGCCACCCUGGACUCUGACCCUUGGGUUCUCAUGGUUGCUGACAUUCUCAAGUCCUUUCCUGACACAGGAUCACUUAACCUUGACCUUGAGGAGCAAAAUCCCAAUGUUCAAGAUAUUUUAGGAGAACUUAGAGAAAAAGUGAGCGAGUGUGAAGCGUCUGCCAUGCUGCCGCUGGAAUGCCAGUACUUGAACAAAAACGCCCUGACGACCCUUGCUGGACCCCUCACUCCCCCGGUGAAGCAUUUUCAGUUAAAGCGGAAACCCAAGAGUGCCACACUGAGGGCGGAGCUCCUGCAGAAGUCCACAGAGACCGCCCAGCAACUAAAGAGGAGCGCAGGGGUGCCUUUCCACGCCAAGGGCCGGGGGCUGCUUCGGAAGAUGGACACCACAACCCCGCUUAAAGGCAUCCCGAAGCAGGCCCCCUUCAGAAGCCCCACUACGCCCAGCGUCUUCAGCCCUGCUGGAAACCGGACCCCAAUCCCGCCUUCAAGGACACCACUGCGGAAAGAAAGGGGCGUGAAGCUGCUCGAUAUUUCUGAGCUGGAUAUGGUCGGUGCUGGCCGAGAGGCAAAGAGAAGAAGAAAGACUUUAGUAGAUGCAGAAGUGGUGGAAAAGCCAGCCAAGGAGGAGACCGUUGUUGAGAAUGCCACCCCGGACUAUGCAGCAGGCCUGGUGUCCACACAGAAACUUGGGUCUCUGAACAAUGAGCCUGCACUGCCCUCCACAAGUUACCUGCCUUCCACACCUAGUGUGGUUCCAGCUUCCUCCUACAUCCCCAGUUCCGAGACCCCACCAGCCUCAUCUUCCCGAGAAGCCAGCCUGCAGGCCAGCCGGCCGCCUGAGGAGCCCAGUGCCCCGAGCCCUACGCUGCCUGCACAGUUCAAGCAGAGGGCGCCCAUGUACAACAGCAGCCUGAGCCCAGCCACACCCACACCUGCAGCACCCACUUCACCCCUAACACCCACCACGCCCCCAGCUGUUGCCCCUGCUGCCCAGACACCCCCAGUGGCCAUGGUGGCCCCACAGACCCAACCUCCUACCCAGCAGCAGCCUAAGAAGAACCUGUCCCUCACGAGAGAGCAGAUGUUCGCUGCCCAGGAGAUGUUCAAGACUGCCAACAAAGUCACGCGGCCCGAGAAGGCCCUCAUCCUGGGCUUCAUGGCUGGCUCCCGAGAGAACCCAUGCCAAGAACAGGGGGACGUGAUCCAGAUCAAGCUCAGCGAGCACACAGAGGACCUGCCCAAGGCAGACGGCCAGGGCAGCACCACCAUGCUGGUGGACACGGUGUUCGAGAUGAACUAUGCCACGGGCCAGUGGACGCGCUUCAAGAAGUACAAGCCCAUGACCAACGUGUCCUAAGGGCCACCCCAUCCACUACUGGCCCUGACUCUGUGGGCCUCCGGGAGAUGCCAGCUUUCCCAGCUUAGUUGAGCAAUCCAACAGCGGACAGUCAGCGGGACAGGGUCUCUACCCUAGCUCCCCAGCCACUACCAAUGUGCUGCUGAGCCCCAGCCUAUUUAAGUUUUAAAUCCAUUUGUCUGGGGUGUUUUGGGCUUAUUUUUAAAAUUUUAACAUGGGUUACUUUUUGUGUGAUUUAAGAUACUUUUUUGGAUUCAAUAUUACAUUUUUGAAUGUUAAAGUUAACCAAAAAAGUUCUAACUUUAGUGACAGCUCUGCCUGUUAAGACUUUCACCUUUUUUAUUUUUUUCUUAAAGAAAUUCCACUGACCACAAGUGAGGGCUUUUCCUUGCUAGUGCAGUGCCCUCCCAACAAGGUUGAGGGGACCAAAGGUGACCUGCUGAUGCAGGGGAUGGGGUAGGGACAGCCCCAAUAUCAGAGAAUGGAGGCGAUGGGCGUUGUCCACUGCCAAAGCCUGCCCAGGAAUUUUGUAUUUACUUUUUGUACAGUUGUGGACCUUUAAGACCAGUCUUUGAGUAUUAUCUAUUUUCAUUGUAAAAGUAUCUGAAUAAUUAAAGUUUAGCUUUUCUAAAGAAAGCCCCCGGAGCUGUGUUUUGGGCCAGGUCAUCCUCCUUGCUCCGGGGGGAGGAGGGGGUUGGGGGGGGCAGCUCCUACUUAGGUGCUGCCAGGACUUUGGGGGUGGAAAGGCAGCCAGGGCUAGGAGAGUCCAAGGACACCUAUGACAGGGCGGGCAGCAGGGCCAGCGUGAAAGAAGGUCAUCACACUGGGGGCCGAGGACAAAGACUCAUUAGAGAGCUGUGGACCAACUGCAAGGCCAGGAAAAGUCAGCAGUUCCUACUCCUAGCCAUUUUGCCUUUAAUGGGAAUUUAUGGACUAAAUUAUUUUUAACAGGAAAACGUUCUUCCAAAAUCAGAAUUACCCCUAUUUUCAUUAUCUGUUUUAUUUCCAAAAUCUGUGUUAGCUUAUCCCUGGUGCAUACAACGUGAACCCUCCCAAGGGAGGGGAGUGUCAGCACUAUGCUAGGUGACAGAAUGCAAAGAAACUGGGAAAAUCGAAUGAAAACAAAACACAAUCCCAUAUAAAAUAAGUAUAAGAAAAAAAGCCUUUAAAAACUUUUUAAUACAAAAAUAUUCAUACACAAUUUUCCAAACACAACUUUCCACAUUAAAUGCUAUUCCCCCCCCACUGGCAAUUCCCAAAUCUAUAUUUCAGUAUAUUUCCCCUAAAAGUGAAUUUCAAGUUCAAGUCUAACUAUCAAACCUGGUGAUAGCACCCAGUCCUCAAAAGAACUUGGCCUUAUAUUGUAUGAAGUUUAGACACCAAUAGGCACAUUUAAAUUUAUAUUUAAUUUGUGACAGGGCAUUUCACAUCUCAACAGGGUACGGUGACACCAUGACGCCCAAUGGACACAGCAUUUUACUCUACUAACAGUCAUCAACUACUUUUCUUAUAAAUCAAGAUAUUUGGCAACUGACAGUUGUUUGCACUAAGUUUAAUUAAAACAGGGUUACCUUGAAUUCUUGAAAAUAAGGUAGUUGUGGGAGAUGGAUACCAUGCACACCAUGGAUCAGAUGUCAAGACACUUUGGAGGUGUCAAAACACAAAUCUGAGUGCACAAGACAGGUGGGGAGGGGGGGGUGGCUGGGCAGAUAACCAUCAGGUUCAGGAGGGUCUUUCCCCAGAGGACCGGACAAGCAGGUUCUCACCACUUUAGGCGCCAGAUACACUCCCCCCCCCAAGUGACCAAGGUCUCUACCUGCCCUUAUGGACACAUCCCUGUGACUCCAUGCACAGUGCAUUCCUGUGCUGGUAUGGACAUACCAGCUGUGCACAACACAGGGCUGUUGCCUGACCCUGUGCAAGGAGACAGGCUCAGGUACAUAUGCUGAUUGGUUCCGAUGCCAAGGAAUCCAGAAAUGUUGACAGUUGCCAUUUGUUUUGCUUCACAAUUCUUCACAUUAAUGGUAAAAGGAUUGAAGCUGAUAUUCAGAAAGUUACUACAUCCUCAAAAACAAAUCUUCCCCCAAGACUCUUAGGAAAAAAUUAGGCAGGUCCAAGCACCACCACAUGCACGGUCAUGGCUGUGUGCCUUGUCAGCCCCCAGGGAGGAAAGCCCUUCAAGCCUGGAGCCGCUACUUUAAAGCCUUGUUUUACUCAGAUUUAUAAACUGGUGUUGUAACGGUCUUCAGUUAGUGUUAUUCGCUCAUUAGUUUUAACAGUUUUUGAAAAGGGUACCAUAUUUUAAAUUUUUGCAGUAUUUCCUUCAGAAAGGUAAAAUAAUUUGGAAGUGAUAUCAAAGUGACUACUGUCAAAUAAAAAAAAUAAGUUAAUCUGCUCCCCAAAGUGCACUACAAGGCCAAUUCUGAUGUUGUGACUUAUAUAGAAGUCUUUUCACUGGCAGGAAGAGAUCUUGUAGAAAGUGACAUCAGCCUGCACUUAUCAGAGAAGCCCGAGGACCUUGGGCUCUAAAGGGCAAGGCCAUGUGCAUGCUGGGAUGCCGCCCAGCCAUCACUGGAACCUCCUUUCAAGUAAGGGCAUAUGGAGUAUGAGUUUAUAUGAACCAAUCCAGUAUUUUCGGAAAAAGAGUUCAAAACUGAAGGAAAAAAAAAAAAA